ACCUCGGUUCUGGGCGCUCUUCCUGCGCAGUUCUCCUCCGCAGCCUCUGCGGGGAAGUGCCGGGGCUACUCGCGAGGCUCAGUUCUUAGGACAGCGAGAAGGCAGCCCCGGCGUGUGGCCGUGCGCACAGUCCAGAGUGGCCAGGGAGCGGGAGUGCAACAUUCUCUUGUCCGAGCCGGUCGUCGCGCUACAGCAGCAGCUCCUCCGCCAACAGUUACCGCCGUCCCGACUUUCCAUUCCAGUUGCCGCUCCUCCCGGGCAACAUGUCAAGAGCCGCCGACGCUACAGCUGCCGCCGCCACCUGGGGAGAAGCAACAGCAGCAGCGGUGGCUGCGGGCACUCGGGGGCAAUAAACCGAGCCACCCGGGCGUCCAGCAGACCGGGGUGCCCUUUCUGCGCUCACUGCUCCGGCGGUCCCCGCGCCAUGUACUGAGCAUGUCCCUGGCCGCGCCCGCGGGCAGCGUAUGGGGCAGCGCCUGAGCGGCGGCCGAUCUUGCCUCGAUGUCCCCGGCCGGCGCGUGCCGGAGCCGCCCCCGCCCCCGCCGCCGGUGAGGAGGAAGCUCGCGCUGCUCUUCGCCAUGCUCUGCGUCUGGCUCUAUAUGUUUCUGUACUCGUGCGCCGGCUCCUGCGCCGCCGCGCCCGGGCUGCUGCUGCUGGGCUCAGGGUCCCGAGCCGCACACGCCCCGCCAGCCCUGGCCAGCCCUGCUGGGGAUGGGACGCCUUCCCGGCAGUCGUUCCGGGCGCCUCCAGCCACUCUGCUGGCUGCGGGCAAGGAGAUGGCCGAGGGCGCAGAGAGCCAGGAGGAGCAGAAUCCCGAGGCGCCAGACUCCCCCAGCCCUAUCUCCAGCUUUUUUAGUGGGUCUGGGACCAAGCAGCUGCCGCAGGCCAUCAUCAUCGGCGUGAAGAAGGGCGGCACGCGGGCGCUGCUGGAGUUCCUGCGAGUACACCCCGACGUGCGCGCCGUGGGCGCCGAGCCCCACUUCUUCGACCGCAGCUACGACAAGGGCCUCGCCUGGUACCGGGACCUGAUGCCGAGGACCCUGGAGGGCCAGAUCACCAUGGAGAAGACGCCCAGUUACUUCGUGACGCGGGAGGCGCCCGCGCGCAUCUCGGCCAUGUCCAGGGACACCAAGCUCAUCGUGGUGGUGCGGGACCCGGUGACCAGGGCCAUCUCGGACUACACGCAGACGCUGUCCAAGCGGCCCGACAUCCCCACCUUCGAGAGCCUGACGUUCAAGAACAGGAGCGCGGGCCUGGUGGACACGUCGUGGAGCGCCAUCCAGAUCGGCAUCUACGCCAAGCACCUGGAGCUCUGGCUGCGCCACUUCCCGCUCGGCCAGAUGCUCUUCGUGAGUGGCGAGCGGCUCAUCAGCGACCCGGCGGGCGAGCUGGGCCGCGUGCAGGACUUCCUGGGCCUCAAGAGGAUCAUCACGGACAAGCACUUCUACUUCAACAAGACCAAGGGCUUCCCCUGCCUGAAGAAGGCCGAGGGCAGCGGCAAGCCGCACUGCCUGGGCAAGACCAAGGGCCGGACCCACCCGCACAUCGACCGCGAGGUGGUGCGGCGGCUGCGCGACUUCUACCGGCCCUUCAACCGCAAGUUCUACCAGAUGACCGGGCUCGACUUUGGCUGGGAUUGAACGGACCUGGGCUGUGUACCUUACCAUGUGGCUUAUAUAUUGAGAGAGAUUAUAUGUAUGUAAAAUGUACAGAAAUCUAUUUUAUAAUAAUUUAUUUUUAAUUCAUAAGCAAUUAAUUCACUAAGCUGCCUGGCCACACUCUUUAGGGAGUUAGCGUCAUAAUCUGUUAACAUUCCAAAGUGUUGAACUCCUUAUAUUUUGUUCUUCACAGCUGAUGGUGCUUCUGUGUUGUCCCCCACUCCCCUGCCUAUUAUAUUUAAAAAGAAGAAAAGCACAACUUGAGAUUUUGGUUGUUACGGGUAUUCAGCCUUCAGUCCCCGCCGCCUGAGUUCUCUGCCGGCUGCCUCCUCGCCUCUUUGGUCUAUUCCAGCGACCCGUCUUCUGCCCGUGCACCUUGGAGCAGCGCUGAGCUGCAAGCUGCUGAGUUCUCGGCAGGCUGCCUCCUCACGUCUUUGCUCUCAUAUUCCAGGACCCGUCUUCUGCCGCGCACCUCGGAGCAGCGCUGAGCUGCCAGCUGCUGAGUUCUGAAGGCCAGGCCUCACCGAGCAGCUUCCUUGGAGGAUAGGAGGCUUCCACCCCCAGCGCCAGGGUCUCCCACCCCCACUCAGCAGCGGGGAAUCACUCACUUCCUUUUUGGUUGCAAUGCCAGCCUGCAUUUACUUUAGCUUUUGAUUUUGAAGGAUGGCCCAGCAUCCUCCUCUUCCCCAUUCCCCACUUCAUUAACCAGCUUAAAGUGUAUGCAAAUGUCAGCGUCCUCUUUUCCAGGUCACAUGUGUGACUCUUGGGUGCUGCUUUAGAAAUAAAGGUGAUUUCUUCUAAUUUGCAUGAGAGGGCACCACGCUUUGUUCUCCAGGCAGGCAGUUCUGCUUUAACACACCAAAGAAUCCAAUGGGCUGGCAGAGCCACCAGCACAAACCAAGGACGCUGGGUGAUGUGACACAAGGGGUCAGACGUGUCCCUCACCUUCAGUCUUCCAAGGGGCUGCUAGGUACAGAGUCAGCAAAUGCUGGGCCACAGGCCCUGAGCCUCAACAGGGAGACAAGAGAAAGACCCAAGAAUGACAGGCAGCCUGACAUGGGAAGGGAAUCCCUGCUCCCCCUGGCUUGAUGUCUCCUCGGAGCCCCUAGCUUAUCUCAGCAUGACAUAGCAGAGUGACAACAUGGUCUGUAGUCAAUGGCCAAAUGACAAGAACCAAGACUGGGGCUUGUAAAGGCAGGUUGGGGAAGCUGGCCCCUGCUACCUGUAAACACUUGACCCUGACACUUGUAUAGCUGUUCCUUGUUUUAGCCAGGUCUUGACCAAAGGGUUGCCAGCAUUGUCACUGCUGUGCAGAAUGCUCUUCACUUAACCUUUCUGGUAAGAGAGAGCUACUGGGCAUGAUGACUUAGACUGCUGGGUAACCAUAUAGCAUUAUGGGGCAGCUGGCUAAACAUACAGCAGUAUCACAUGUGAUAUAUUCAGAUUAUCCUCAGCUUUCCAAACCAGAAUGCUUCUACCAGAAAAGAAUUGUUAUUUGAGUUAUUCCUUCAUCAAGGAAUAUGUGGGAAGAGACACAUAUUGACAAAAUGGUUAAGAUGUGAUAUUUACAAAGGACACUUUUGUGUUUUGUAUGAGAUAACUUGUCUGAUAAUGUAAGAAAACUUGUUUGGAAAGAGGAAAAGAUAAUUCAUCUUUAGAAACUGAUCAAAGAUACCACUUUAAGUAGUAUCUUAAUAAUCUGGUUUAUAUUUGCCCACAAGUUUUAACCCAGAUCUGGCUACUUACACUUAAUAGCAAAAGUAUCAUCGUGUAGGUUCCUUUUGGAGGAAGAUGGUUAGGGCUGUAUGCAUUCCUCAAAUGCUAAAACCAUUGCAUAGCUUUCUGAUUGUGUCUAGAAAAUGACGUGGAGCCUGCACUUGGUGGAACACCAACAUAGCUAGCAUGGUUCAGCCCUCUUGUUGCUUGGAUGUGAAAAACACCGGCCAAGGGUGCUGACUGGUUGUACAUUAUUUCGCUUAUUUGAAAUUAAACUGAGAUCUCCUCUUUUCAGUUACAGCAUAAUAUGGCUUGGAAUAGAAGGUGAUAUCCAGGCCUUUCACGGAGACUUGCCCUGUCAGCUCUCUGGCCAUCCCUGUGAUCUGAUGUGGCUCAGGAAGAAGGAGGAAGGUUCAGAGAGGGGCUGCAACAAAGCCAGAGGAAAGUACUCAUGUGCCUUCCCCUGCAGGUCCCUGCCCUCUUCCCAAGCUGGACACUUUUAGAUUGUUUAUUCCCUGCCUUAAAAUAAAACUGAAACAGGAAAUUUGCAGAUAGAAGGAGGGUCAUUUAGUUGUCAACAAUGAAGUAGGUCAAAUUCUAUUCUGGGUCAAAUUCUUGAAUUCAAACACAUGUCCGCAAUUAGCACUGAUGGAGCAUAGCAAAUUUUUCUAUAUAAGACAAAUAAAUCAAACAUCACGUGCACCUCUUCCUAGGGGGUCUGAUAGCUUACAGCCCCCGACUGAUCUGGGUUACACCCCAGCCUGUGGCAGUUACUACAGAACCUGCAUGUCUUCCUUUUGGAGAAGGCAGGCCACAGGGAAAAUUAAGCCUUGAAUUUCUUCCUGUUCUAGCAAUCUCCAAGGCCACCACACUUAGCUUUUUAGCUGCUAGAAGACAAACCCCCUUUCAUGUCUCGGCAUUUUGUCCCAGCAUGUUCUGGGUUUCUUCUAGUUUGAGGGAAAAUCUCUGGUAUUCAUUGCAGUACUUUAUUUCUCUGUUUUUUUUUCUUUUCUCAUUUGAAAACAAACAAAAAAUGUUAACAAAAAAUGAGAGGUUUUUAUUGUUCCUAUCUUUCCUGUGCUUUUUUUUUCUGCAGUGUUUGUGCUGUAGUCUGUUAACUUGUAGGUGGUACCUGGAAAGGUAUUUAGGUAUCAUGACUUCAUAAUAUGAUGACGGAGGAGGAGAAAUUGGGAUUCUCUUUUGGGGUCAUUUUGAGUGACAGAUACAUUAGAGACCUUUGAAGGAGCACCAUUUCAGAUGCUGCCAGGGUAUUUUUAUAAGAAAGGAAAACGGACUGUUCCAAUGAACUAGAAACGGUACGUAUCCAAGAUGUUGACAUAUAAAUUAAUGUCAUUUUUCCAUUUGGUUUAUCAGAAAGGAUGGUCAAAAAAACUUACAGGUGUUGUUAGAUUUUCUUUUUCACUUUUAUAACAUUAAUUUAUGACUGAGUUUCAUUCAGCCCAGUAAUCUAAAAUACUGUGCAAAUUCUAGCAGUAUGUCUUCUAUAACCUGGAUGUUAGACUAGCCAAUAUGUACAAAAAAAUUUAAAUCAAGUAUUUUGUCCUAUGUAUAACACAAAUUAAUUUUACACAAAGGAAGAUGUUUCUAGGAAAAUGAAAUUCUGGUAAUUCAUACUAUUUCUUUGUAUGAACAAAUAAAAUAUAUUUU